AUGUCUGAAUUUGGUAAGAAGCCUUUCGGGCAAUGGCAGCAGCUACCGACCGGCUUUGACGCAUUUGGAUCAAACAUUCACAACUCCAACCAUCCCAGUAGGUGGGAUUUUGGUUCUGGCACGCCAUCUUCCACUGGACCUUUUGCUACCACACGCGAAUCAUUAUAUGGAGCUUCGGGAGAGUUUAUCAUACUAAGUCAAGCUUUUCCAGAUCCCGUCAGUUCGCUUGGACCCAGGUUGUCCAGCUCGGCGCCCACAUUCCCGCCCACAUUCCCGCCCACAAGAACCGGCACUGGCUGGCUUGAGCAUCACAGUAACACACAAGGGUUAACUGUACUCAGCGAUCCUGGCACAAGUAAUGUCACAAAUCAUGCCGACCCGACCGGGUUUGGGGGCGGGUUCUUCGGUUCAAGCGCAAAGAAGACGGGCUUCAGCACAGGAAUGAGCCCAAGUACAGCCGGGUUCCGCUCAAAUGCUUGGACAAGAUUCAGGACCCCUACGACCUCCGUUUUCAGCGCUCCGAGUCAGUCUUUUGGUGGUUGGGCCUGGGGAAUCCUUGCGACGGAUACUUCAAAGCAGCCAUUCUCCCCAUUUGUUGGAAGUGAGCUAGGCAACAGGCAGAAGAGUUCCUAUCAAAAUCUUUGCUUCCAAGGUCCAUACAAGAACUUCUCACAGGAAGAGCUGAGGCUUGCCGAUUAUGCCCUCGGUCACCGGUACGGUCCAACAUUUGGGUUCGGCGGCCCAAGUUUUGGAACCGGUUUUGGUACAUCAAUGCAGAGAAGUGCUUCUGGUCCACCUCAGACAUUUGGAAUCGGCUCCCAACAGGGUGCGUUUGGUACUGGUUUUGGAUCCGCUACCACAACCACUUCGCCCUUCGGACAGACCAAGGCCGGCGAAACCUUCGUCUGGGGUCCAAAGUCUCAGGGUCCAAGUGUGUUUGGGACUCAGCCGGACGGUUUUCAAAGGCCAACAAGUAGCCAAAGAGAUUUCGGAGUUUCUGGAAGCCCGGGAUUCGGUUUUUCUCAACGGCCCUGGUAUGGUAGUGCUCCACAAGAGAGUCACACUUCGUGGUCGAGUCCUUCCAUUUUCCAGGCCCCAAGUCAACAACAAGCACAAGGAUCGACAUCUUUUGCUGAAGCACAAAGGCCAAGCAGUAGCCAGCCGCCUACCGGAUCUAUUUUUAGGACAGAUUUGAGCACUGCUCCUAAUCCAUUUGCAUCAGCGGCUACCCAAGUAUCCGCUCUUUCAGGGCCCUCAAGCACAAGUCAAAGACUUUGGGUUAUUGACAGGUACUCGACUACUCAGGCUGGGCAGCAGGCAACACAAUUCCCUAGCACAGAGAUGCCAGUUGGUAGAAUUCAAGUUCCUCAACCAUUCGGUCAACAGACUGAAUAUGGACAGACUGGCAAUCUUUAUUACCAGGUUCCUGGAAGGCCUUCUAGUAACACAAGGCUCAUUCAGCAACCAUUACAAGAUGCUAGUCGUGCAACCAUUCAACCAUAA